GACAAACAUGAAUGGAACCCUUUGAAAGCUCCAGAGGGCCCCUCGAAAGCUGAUACAGCACUUUGCGCUGUGACUGGAAGAAACUUCUUCUAGGAUAACCCAAGGGUAUUCGCGUGUAUGCACCCUUUCUCCUCCUUGACCAUUGGCAUCUUCGUCGCUGGCUACAUCACCGCCCGUUGGGACCUCGUUACAAGGCUCUACGAACUAGCUGUAUUUGCUUGGGAUCACGGUGUUGUUGCUCGAGCGACGAGAGGCUUCGCAAUCAUCACCCUGAUUUUCAUCGUCAUUGCCAUUCCUCUAGACCGCCUGGCCGCCCACGAAGGAACUGUUCACCCACGUUUACCGGCGCAUGGAAUUUCGGCACGGGAGCAGCUACGCCGACGAGGUUCUUUCUGAGCCUUGACACAAUGCUAUUAUGGUCGCGAAUAACGAUGGCAUGCUACGAAUAUUCUGGCCGAACAACCUCACUCGGACAACCACACCCGGUGUGAUAGUGGGCUGGAGGAAUUCAGAUCUCGAUUUGUUUGUUAUAACAGUCCUGGAAGAUGUCGAGGUUCGUAGUGUCGAGGCAGCUCUACGCAUGGGUACCCUUUUUCGACACAGCCCGUACCCUGUUGUGCGGAUAUUUCAAUUAUGCGACCGAUCGAAUAUGCACGUUUUGGGUACGCUGAACCAUCCAGAUCUACCGGACAGUUUUGAACCCACCAGAAUUUGCGCCUUCACCAUUCCCGGAGCGAAAAGGCCAUACAUUUAUUGUCCACCAAGUGCAGAUCUGUCUGUGCAGAUAGUCCUCUUCGAUCCUCCGAACCCUACUCAGAUGCAAUACAUGUCUCUCGAGCCGAUCUCCCUUGCGCUCGGCCGUGGGGCUCAAGGACCAAGCUACGCUGCAGAUGAGGUGGAACUGCAAGAAGAGCGACGUAGGGUUGACCAAUUGGUUGCUAAACUUCGGUUUCAUACCGUGGUGAAACGUGCGCCGACCAAAAAGGAGCUGGCCCUCACGUCUAUCCUCCGACAGAUGAAUUGUGCACAGGAGGUGGCGGAUCUCCUUCAAAAGAACACGCCUCUCGUUGGACCGCGUAGGAAAAGAAGCCUGUCAGUCAGUGAGCGAGUGGUCGAAUCUGCGCAAUCGCUCUACGCAUUUGCGGCCGUGUCGAUUUGGACUUUGUUCAUGACGUACGCGUUUCCGACAUUGUUGUAUCUUUUCAAGGUUGCCAUCAUCGGCCACCGAAUGCUUGCCGAAGGGGUCUUGCAAAUACUCGAAUGGCCUUUGCCGUUGAAGAGGUUCCAGUUGCCAGAAAGUCGCCAGCCUGUGAACGGCAGAUUUGCCCUCAAGGACAUCUCGGCUUGCUGCCAGCAAGUCCAUUUGCGGCUUCAACAGUUCUCAUACUAUCCAACCCAAUAUUCCUUCCUCAGGCGACGCCAUGCCCCCUGGUCAUCAUUUCCCACCACGAACAGCGACUAUAUUCGUUUCUAUAACUCUCUUUGGCUAGUCGCCAACGACGUUAUCAUAGGCAUAGCGCUGGGGAGUUUUCUGAGCGACAAUGCAGCAGCGACGGCCCAAUUUCUCGGCACCAUUCUUGAUGACUAUACGAUCGAAGGGCUUAAGAGCAUGAUCAGAUGGCUCAUGUCGUAUCCUGGUGGUCUGAAACUGAACACCGAACUCGCCGCGUUUAUGGGUGAUUUGUUUUUGUGGGUCAUUGAAUAUUGGUCUUCGACCACGGUGAUGCUGAUUCUCCCACGAUUACCUAUGAUCGUAUACUUGAUCGGCUGUUCCUCGUUUGCUGGAGCCAGUAUGCCUAUCGCCAUUUUCUCGGACCUGCUGAGCUUGACAACGAUCCACAUUUACUCUUUCUACAUUGCUAGUGCACGCAUCUUCAACUGGCAGCUCACCAUCAUCGUCAGCUUGUUCCAUCUGUUCCGAGGCAAGAAACGAAAUGUUCUUCGCAAUCGCAUUGAUAAUUGCGACUACGACCUGGAUCAGCUUUUACUUGGUACAAUCUUGUUUACGCUGUUAUUCUUCUUGCUACCAACUGUUGUGGUAUUCUAUCUCACCUUCGCUCUCGCACGGAUGACAAUCAUAUCGUUGAAGGCGACCUUGGACACUUGCUUGGCCUGUCUUAACCACUUUCCAUUGUUUGCUUUGAUGCUCAGGAUCAAGGACAGCAAGAGACUGCCUGGCGGUGUCCACUUUCAGCUUCUGGAUAAUGUACAGUUUCAACUGCCUUCCCAGGGUGGGAUGGAGAACUUUGAGCACAAACCAGGAGAAGAUGGUGCCGAAGAAGAGCAGGAGAGUCUCUCCACCAGCGUGGCCUACAUUCGUCUCUCGUCGACGCCGCUGUCGCUGCGACAGAUCUUUGAGCAGUAUUUCCAGCUAUGGGCACGAAUUCGCCAACAUUAUUUGUCACCUAAGGUGGUUUUCAGACUUCUGACCGGGCGCUUUGUGCCGCCGCUUGGUAGGAGCGAGAUGUAUGGGCUACAAUAUUCUGUCCUACCUCGAGAGCGAGCGACGGUAUCUGAGGUAUGGAAAAGCUUGAGUAAGACGCAAGCAACCCAGGCAAAUCGUGCUGUUGGAAACCCACGAAACCGGACCUCCGCAAUGGAAGCAUCUGGGAGAGCAAUAAGCAAACAAUGGAAAUGACCAUUUG